UGGGUGUGACUGGGCAGAGACUGGUAGCUCAGGGGAGCCUGGCUGGUUUGGCUGUGGAAAGGCUCGUUGUCAGCUUCAAGACAGGCACCUGUGCCUCUUACUGCAGACAAUUCAGGUACCCCAACAGGACCCUGUGUUCAGGCCCCUCUAAGAGGACAGCUCAAGUGCCUGGAGCUCUGGGCAGAGGGUGCAGCGGGGUGCUCUGUUUCUUUCCCAGGGGCUAUGGAUGCCGUGGAACUUGCCAGAAAGCUGCAGGAAGAGGCAACAUGUUCCAUCUGCCUCGACUACUUCACCGACCCUGUAAUGACCACCUGUGGCCACAACUUCUGCCGCGAGUGCAUCCGGCUGACCUGGGAGAAGGCCAAAGGCAAGAAGGGCAGGAGGAAACGCAGGGGCACCUUCCCUUGCCCUGAGUGCCGUGAGCUGUCCCCCCAGAGGAACCUGCGGCCCAAUCGUCUGCUGACCAAGGUGGCUGAGAUGGCACGGCAGCACCCAGGCCUCCAGAGCAGGGACCUGUGCAAGGUGCACCAGGAGGUCCUCAAACUCUUCUGUGAAGAUGACCAGAGCCCCAUCUGUGUGGUCUGCAGGGAGUCUCGGGAACACCGGGCCCACAGGGUGGUCCCAGUGGAGGAGGCUGUGCAGGAGCACAAGCUGAAGCUGGAAGAUGACAUGGAGCACCUGCGGGAGGAGAUGGAGAAGACCCAGAAGUUGCAGACAAGGGAGCAGCAAGCCUUGGCCAAGUGGCAGGAGAAGGUGCAGGAGCGGAGACAGCGAGUCAUGAUGGAGUUUAAGAAGAUGGCUGUCCUUCUGGUGGAGGAGGAGCAGCACCUCCUGCAGGCCCUGAGGCAGGAAGAGGAAGACACGGCAGCCAGGCUGCAGCAGAGUAUGGCUGCAUUAGAGCAGCAGAGCUGCUCCCUAGAGACACUCCUACUGCAGCUGGAGGACCGUAGCAAGCGGGAGCCCUUGCAAAUGCUACGAGAUAUGAAGGAGUCACUGGACAGCAGGAACAGCGUGAGUGUGCAGUACCCAGAGGCCACCCCCAUCGCACUGAGGACUGUCUGCAGAGUCCCUGGGCAGAUAGAAGUGCUCAAGAGCUUCCAAGAGAACGUGGUGCCUGACCCUGCCACAGCGUACCCCUACCUCCUCCUGUAUGAGAGCCGCCAGAGAUGCUACCUCAGUACCCCACCAGAAGGCAUGCCCUGCAGCAAGGACAGGUUCCUGGCCUACCCCUGUGCAGUGGGCCACCAGACCUUCUGCUCAGGGCGGCACUAUUGGGAGGUGGGCAUGAACCUCACUGGGGAUGCACUGUGGGCUCUGGGUGUGUGCAGGGACAAUGUCAGCCGGAAGGAUAGGGUCCCCAAGUCCCCCGAAAACGGAUUCUGGGUGGUGCAGCUGUGCAAGGGAAAGAAGUAUGUGCCCCCCGUGUCAACCCUGCCCCCCAUCACGCUGACAGAGCCCCCCAGCCACGUGGGCAUCUUCCUGGACUUUGAGGCUGGGGAGGUGUCUUUCUACAAUGCAAGCGGUGGGUCCCACCUGCACACCUAUGCCCAGUCUGCCUUCCCAGGCCCCCUGCAGCCUUUCUUCUGCCUCGGGGCCCCCAAAUCUGGCCAGAUGGUCAUCUCUACAGUGACGCUAUGGGUGAAGGGAUAGGCAUGCAGGCAGAGAG